UGGUACUCAGACGAGAGUGCUCUGAAAUCGGAGUAGUUAGUGAAUUUACGAACGCACCUAGUGUGGCUACCUCACGUGCCUGUUAUCAAACACGUAUUUAUGUUUUAUUAUGACAUCUCAAUAGAAUGAUAUAGAUCACUACGGGAUAUUGUCAUACGCGUGGCAGAAACCUAUUGAAAAGCGACGAUAAAACACACAUGUCGUACAGCAAAAGACAGGGCAGUAUGCAGCCAGCGGAUACAGAGCAGCCAACGAUGCUGACUCUGCAAGAACAGCGACUCCGCAUACAACAAUUAGAGCGGCAGGCCCAGGCAGAGUACAGUGCUGCCAAGGAGAUUUUAGAGAAUGAUCAGAAAGCCCCACAUGGUGGAAGGACCCUGAGCAGGUUACUGUCCAAGCCAGGACUGUCAAUGGAGAGCAUUGUGGAGCGGGAGAAGCGUAGGCGGUGUACUCUGAUAGAGCAGCACAACGGGUUGCAGUGUUCUGUGAGGGCCAAGGGGUCUCAGCUGCUGGAGAUGGAGCAGGCCAUGAAAGCCCUGGAGCUGGACUCCAAUACAGACGGAGACGAGCAGCACUACGACCAGCGUGUGAGAGAGCUGGAGAACAGUCUAGAAAAGAUGACCAUCAAAAUCACAGAGGCUGAGAGGAUCCAAAAAACCUACCUGCGAGUCUGCGACCACCUACAUCGGGAGGUGCGUGAGAUGCCCAUGGCUCUGGAUCAGCUGCAGAACUCAGUGGUCAGCGGGCAGACAGAGCUGGGAAAGGUGGCCCACAUGUCUCACACCGCAGUGGCUGCUGUGGACUGCACUAAGCUGGUUCAGAUGGAGAGGCAGCUAAUGGUGGAACGCAGGAUGAUGGAGAAGGAGUUGAGUGAAAGGAGGGGAGUGAAAGAGAAGGAGGUGGAGGGUCGGCUGGAGAGAGAGAGGGAGGGAGAGCGACGAAGCAGCAAAGGAGCUCAGAAGUUGAAAGAGCAGGUUCGAAGAGGGACUAUCAGAGAGGGACUGGCUGAAGAGUCGGCUCAUAGAGCCCAGCAGACCGCCCCUGUCUCCACUACUCCCCAGUCCAUAGUCAAACUGGUGGAGGAUAUUGAUACUCUGAGAGACGCUCUCAGCUGCACUGAUCUGCAGGAGCUGGAAACACGGCUGGUCUCUCAGAAGGCCAUCAGGGAGCAGCUGCACAACCAAAUGACCCAGUGUGAGGAGCUGGUCAGGCAGAGCAUGGAGACCUUUGCUGCCUUGGAGCUCCAGUACGCCCAGCUCAAGUUCAGCGCUGGGCCCAGCUCUGACAGGUUUGAGCGGCUGAAGGAGGAAAUGCAGGCGGAGCUUGAGCAGGAAGAGGAGCGUUGCAGCCAUUGGCAGGACAAGCUUGGAAAGGCCCAAUCAGUGCUACAUGGGGUGGAGAAGGGUGUCAACAACCUGUUCUUCAGGAUGAGCUGCGUGCAAGUGAAGGACUCUCCCAGGGAGUUGGGGGGUCUGGAUGCAAUAGAGAAGCUGAGGGAAAUCGGCGCCCGUCUGCCCACACUGCAGACCACAGCUUCAGAGAAGACCGAGGAAAACACAGCUGACCAUGAGAAGGUGUGGAGCUUCCUGGAGCAGAGCACCAUGAUGGAGCCCAGGAACUACAAGAGGGCCAGCAGCCCUGUGUAUGACAGUACCUCAGAAGAUACAUUCCAGUUCCGCGGUCAGGAGGAGGACUGCUCCAUGUCCCGCGAUGAGAUCAAGCGUCGCAGCAUCCAGCUGAUCGAGGUGCACCAGCCAAAGAAGAAAGCCCAGAAGAGCAACACAAAGAGCUAGAGACAAGCUCCAGCUGUGGCCCUCUAUAUCCUACAGGGAGUAAACCUGAGGAAAUAAUAAACAGGCUCAUAGUA